AUGAUGGAUCUGUAUCUGUCAAAUCAUUUGGCUUCAGAUCUCAUUGAAUCUGCUUGGCUACCCGUCAAAUUUCUUGGUGCUGCAACUCUAGUUCUUUGCAUUUUCAACUACUACUUCCACCCGGCAUCACAUGUACCUGGACCAUUCAUUGCUGCCAUCUCCCCUCUCUGGUUGAUGAGGGCUGUAUACCGUAAGCACUUGAAUCUGGAUAUCCAAAAGCUUCAUUCACAAUAUGGCCCAUAUGUGAGAAUAUCACCAAACGAGAUAUCUUUUGCCACCAUUGAAGCACAGAACACGAUCCAUGAUCCAGGUCCAGGAGUUAAAGGUCAUUUUUCUAAGUCCGGAACCUUGGAGUCCAUGCUAGGCAGUGUCGUUUGGUCUGGCACACAUAACGUGCUUACCACAACGGAUAAGACCGCGCACAAGAGAUUACGGAAUGCUCUGCUACCAGCUUUUACGUCUAAAGCACUUUUCGAACAGGAAGGCAUACAGCAGAGACAUUUGCAAGAGCUGAUUUCAAGUCUCCGUGAUACCACGUCCAAGCAGCCUGUGAACCUUACAGAGUGCUUAUCAAAGCUGAUCUGGGACAUCAUCGGGGACCUCUCUUUUGGAGAACCUCUAGUUGAAAACCAAAAAGAACGCUUCGAUUCCUUAAAGAUCAUGUUUUGCCAGCUUUCCCCGCUGUUUGAGGCGCUUCAAUAUCUUACAAGAGUUCCUUGUGUUGGGGUAUUCGUUCGCUUCGCAGUUGCACUGAUUCCUCAUGUAUUCCAGAUGCCAAGGGACAUUUUGCCUUCUACGGCGCUCAGGAAGUGUAUGGAUCGACAUGACAACCGUGCGGAUUUCCUUACCGCAAUCAUGAACUCUAAAGACAAUGGUGUUUUGUUGACAGAUGCCGAGAUGAAGAGCAAUUCUUCCCUACUUGUAAUGGUUGGAUACGACACCACGGCGACGACCUUGUCUGCGAUAUUCUACUUCCUUCUCAGAGACCCUAUGCGAAUGCAAAUGUUGAAAACUGAACUCAGAAGUAGCUUCUCACAUGAAGACGAAAUCACCGGAAACCGACUUUUGCCUCUCCGUUUUCUCAAUGGAUGCAUCCAGGAAAGUCUUCGACUCCUGCCUCCUGCCAACGGCAAGGGAACAAACAGGACAUCGCCUGGUGCUAUGAUUGACGGCGUAUAUGUGCCUGCAGGUAUCAAUGUGUCAGCUGAUAUGUACACAAUUCAGAGAUCUCCACAGUAUUGGGCUGAGCCAGAAGAGUUUCGUCCCGAGCGCUGGUUUGAUCAUGGCCCGGGGUCAGUUUUUGAGCACGACGUCAGAUCGUGCCACCGGCCAUUUCUACUUGGCCCUCGGGUCUGCUUGGGAAAAGAGGUCGCAAUGCAGUCCAUCAGACUUAUUGUUGCUAAACUGAUUUUCUCUUUCGACUUGGUGUCGGCUAGCAAGAAAGAUUUGACUUGGGAAAAGGAAGUAGAGUCUACUUACUUGUGGAUUCGUUUUGAGAUUUUCGCAAAAUUUCAUGGUAUAUGA